GCUGCUAUUACUGUAUUGAGCCUGCUGCCUCGUACCAACUCCGUUUUGUGAGUUAGUGACUAGGAACUAGAGACACACGGAGCAUUGUUGGCACCAUAGACCGUCGAGUAUGACAAUGCCAGAUUGGGCCCUGGUACCAUGUCUUGCGUAGGCUGAAGAAGCAGUUUUUCUCGUUUUUACUCAGCUAUUGGUGUUGAAUCUAGGCUACCAGUGCCGUUUCCGUGUCUUAGGGUUCUCUUCAGAAGCACGUCGUUUCAUAUCAACUUAGCUCUCCCACCGUGACUGUUCGGGACCCAUCCAACCGCUGCUUUUCCGCAUUUCCCGCAGCUCCCGCAUCUACCGUAUUCUCCCCUAUUUCCUCGCCAGUAUCUCGCUGGCAUACCAUGAGGCCGCCACGCCCCCACACUCCCGCUCCCUCGCUUCUUCUGCUCUUGCUUCUCGUAGCAGCAGCAGCGGCUCCUGCUUCCCUUCUCGUUUCUGCUGACGGAGCUCCGUCAGAUGCUAGCCAGAUUCCGUCUGACGGAUUCGAGUUCCCAACCUUUAGCGCGGAUGACGAGGAACUCAUUAUGGCAUAUGAAAAGAAGUUCGCGGCGAGGCCUGGAGAGGAGGAGGUGUCAGAUGAGCACGCUUACCAUCUGGGUGAAAAGCUGCGAGCCAGAGGUGUGACUGCAACGGAUGUGCUACAAAGCGAGGAUGACGUUAAUGAUGACGAAAGCCAUGAAGAGUCUCCCCGGAGGACGCUCUCCGCAACUCCCGCCUCCGCCUCCGCCUCCGCCUCCGCCUCCGCUUCCGCUUCCGCCUCCGCCUCCCCAGAGCAGGCCGCGCACGCCGCCCGAACCAUCGCGCGCCUUCGGUCGCUCGGAUUCCGAACUUUCGCAAACGCUCUCGAGAAAACGGACAUCCUUUCCGCGCUCCCCCCCGCCGUCGCGCGCAAAGGCGGAGUCUCCCUCCUAGUCCCCUCGGACCGCGCGUUCCUUAAUCUCCCGCAGGCCGUUCAGAAGCUACUAAGAGGGCCCGACGCUAAGGACGUUCUUAAAAACCUCCUCCUGUACCACAUUUUCCAGCCGCGGAUAAAUUUUAACUACUUCCUGAAGCUCCAGGGGCGGCGCGUUAAGACGCUACUUAAAGACCGAACUCUGACCGUUAGAUUCGCCCGUGGCGGCUUCCCCGGAGCGCCUACAGUCGCGGGGGGAGAGUUCCUCUGGUUCGCUCCCUCUGAAACGGAUAGCAGCAGCGUCGGCAGCAGCAGCGCCGGCGCGAUGGUGAUUGUAAAGGAUGUGACUUAUAACGGGCUCGUGAUCUGCCAGGCUGUCGGUACGGUGCUCGUUCCGCCGUUGGAUCUCCUGUCGCCUCCCAAAGUUGCCGCAUCCACCACCGCUAAGAACGCGCCUCCGGUUUCCAAAACCAAGUCUCCCGCCAGCGCCGGCGGCGGAAGCGGAAAGAAGAUCCGACCGCCGCCAUCCAAGAGAAGCUUCGUGGAGUCAGCGUCCGCGUCUGGCGGCGCAGCAGCCGUAGCGAAGCCGGUAGCCAUGGCCGUUCCAAGCCCCGUGAUCCGGCCGUCGUCCGUGACGCUCUCCCCGCAGCAGCAGGUGCUCUACUGGCUCUCCCGCCAGGGCCUCGGCCGCACGGCCGCAAAUCUCGCGCAGUCCGGCGUGCUGGAACUCGUCGAGCCGGGUAACCCGGUUACCAUUCUCGCGCCCACGCAGCUCGCGUACCGGUUUCUCCCCUGGACCGUCCGCCAGCUGUUCUUCACCAAGUCCGGGGAGGAAGUGCUUCCGCGGCUGAUGAAAUACCACGUUAUAACGCAGCGGCUUACAGUGAAGCAGCUUCGAUCCGCGGGGAAUCAUAAGUAUCCGACCCUGCUGGACGAGCACCCGGUAGAUACCAAAGUAGGCUCGACAUUUGUCCGUUUCUCCCCCGAGCCUCCGGAUUACGCCGCCGCGACCAUCAUCCCGGGGUCGUCCUUCAGCAACGGCAUCGCGACCGUACACGUCAGCAGCUCGGUCCUCAUCCCGCCGUACGAUCUCCUCUCCAUAUCCCCGCCUCCCGCGCCGGGUCCGGUCCCCCCCCCGCUCGGCCCCGCGCCCGGCCCCGCCCCCGCAAGCGCGGAUGCCCCCGCUAUAGCGGGGACCCAGUCGAUAAAUAUGGUCGGAGAUUUAGAAGCAGGGCGAUUCCGGGGGGAUUUUAGAGGGGAGGAACCAGGUGCGGGGGUGGUUACUGCAAGGGGGGUUGCUGAAGUGGGGUCGGCGGGCGCCGAUCAUGCGCGGAUCUCCCCGCUUCCCCCCCCGCCGCCGCCGCCGGGGUACGUGGGCGGGUCUGUCCCCAAGCGCCAGCUGAUCUCGUUUGAAGACGCGGGGGGAGACCCGUAUAGCGCAGCCCCCCCCCCUAUGGCUGCAGACCUGGCGCAAGAACGUGAAGAGGGGGGGGUGUUGGGCGCAGAAGUUGGGGAAGGGGCGGAAGGGGCGGACGAGGUGGGGGAAGCUUGGGAAGCGGCGUGGGAAGCAGGCGCGGGUUCAGGAGCUGCUGCUUCGGGCUCCAGGCGCGUGCUUCCCGAGUUGGCACUGAGCGCGCGUCAGCAGGCCAUAGACGCGCUGGCGAAGCGAGGGCUCACUGUACUCGCUAAGAACCUCGCCGCUACAAGGAUACUGCACUCCCUCUCAGGCCCCGCUACACUGCUCGCGCCUACGAAUCUCGCGUUCUGGACCCUCCCGCUGCCUAUUAAAGCGCUACUGAUGGGGCCUAAGGCGGACCUGGUUCUUAAGAACCUCAUGGCCUAUCACAUCCUGCCAAGUGGACGGACUUCCGCCAAGCAGUUCGAUGUAGCUAUAGCCACGGCGGGGAUCGAGGGGUAUGAGCUGUAUAACACUCUGCUACAGGGGAGGAGCGUUAAAGCGGAGCGGGUAGGAAAAGCCCUGGCGUUCUCACCGCUGCCGAUGGUGCCGCUGCUGAGUAGAGUGGCACGGGUAGUAGCGUCUGAUGUUAAUAGCGGAGCUGCCAGUACCGGGGUUGCUACUAGCGGGGAUGCCACUAGCGGGGAUGGAAUCACCAUCCAUGUGAUCAACCGGGUGCUCAUUCCGCCUGUGAAAGUGCUGCUGGCGCCCUUCCGCCCAGCUGCCGCUGCGGCUGCGGCUUUGGAUGUGGCGCCGAAUCCCUUCCGCGCCGCCUCUGCUGCUUCGGCCCAAGCCAUGGUCCUCCCAAUGACGGACGCCACUCCAUCCCCUCCCCUCCGGCCCCUCCCCCUCCGACGGCUGAGAACACCAUCAUGGACCGCCUGCGCCUCUUCGGCUGCACCAAGACGGCCGACAUGAUCGAGCGCUCCGGCUUCAUCGCGCUCCUCACCACCGCCACAUCCCCCAACGUCACUCUCUUCGCUCCCACCGACGACGCGCACACCCGCAUCCCCGCACCAGUCAAACAGCUUAUCACCGACAACGGCCCGUCGGUUGAGACUCUUCUGCUGAGCUACCAGGCGGUGUUUGGAAUCCAGACCUACGCCGAACUGACGAACCGAUCAUCAGGUUCGUACCCGACCCUGCUCACGGAUACGUCCGUCACGCUGAUCAAGACCCGCUGCCCGUAUUUCAAAAGGUUUUACCGUGAGCCCGGGUGCAACGAGACGACGAGCCUGCUGCCGGAACCCGCCAUGGAGUAUCCUGCUGUGAGCAUCGUUCGGCCGAAUAUUAUCUACGUUCAGGAGCCACGUAACAUUACAAGUUCGGGGAUGAAUGUUACUAUAUUGGUGCAGACGCUCGUGCACAUCACAUCGGACUUCCUUAUACCGGACUCGUCGCUGCUCGUUCCUGGGGCCGUGCCUCCUGCCCCUCCUCCUGAUUCGCCUUCCCCUCCUCCUCCCGCUCCUCCACCGCCUCCGGCCCGGUAGUCUUGAGCAUGGGCCUAAGGAAGAGUAGUAUACAUGAGAUAGGUUUUGUGCUGGACUGGAAGGGAUGCAAUUGGAUGCUGGCUACAAGUGGGUGCUUGUUUAACAUUCUUGUCUUGCAUGGAGGCUGCAUUAAGGUAACGCACGAUUAUUCAAAAGGGGGGGCCGGGCGAGAGGGGGGUACCUAAGUGGCCCUGUUUUUGCUGUAGUAGUGGGGACAAUUGAAUUAAGAUUGCAUCCUUCAGUAAGUGUUGUAAUUUAUUGAGCUGUUAUUUUGA